UGUCAAAAUGAUGUCAAAACAAAACGUCAGACAACAAAAUCUACGAAAAAUUCUGGACUAAUUCGAUCGGGACACGUGUACAAAGCUGCAGUUUGCAUAGAAUUACAUCAGGAAUAUUUAUUUAUCAAACGACAAUUCCUAAAACAGCGAGUCACUCCAGAAUAUCUCGCGUAACCUUAUUGUGUUGUGUUAUCUAGCACCGGUGUUAUCUACACAGCCCUAUAUUUGUUUUUAGCACAAUAACAUAAAAUAAUUGGCUUUAAUUAAAUAUACAAUGACGGAAUUUAGAGACUGGUAUUAUGGGAUACCUUUCUUCACCCGUUACUGGUUAUCUUUAACUGUUGGACUCAGUAUAUUAGCCAAAUUUAAUCUUCUCGACUUCAGGUAUUUAAUUUUGGAUAUUGGCGCCUUCAUCAACAGAUUCCAUUUAUGGCGGCCAGCAACAGCACUAUUCUACUAUCCCAUCACCCCAUCAACCGGGUUCCACUUCCUUGUGAACUGUUACUUCCUGUACAGUUAUUCCGAGCGGCUGGAAACCGGGAUCUUCGCUGGCAAGCCGGCUGACUACUUCACCAUGCUGAUCUUUAAUUGGCUAGUCUGCAUUGGUAUUGGAGUUUUGGUUGGAUUAAGUUACGUAAUGGACCCCAUGGUGAUCUCGGUGCUGUACGUGUGGUGCCAGCUGAAUAAGGACGUGAUUGUGUCCUUCUGGUUCGGGACGCGGUUCCGCGCCAUGUUCUUGCCGUGGGUGCUGCUCGCGUUCAACGUUAUCGUCAAUGGAGGUGGCGUUGAAGAGUUUCUGGGCAUCCUGGUGGGCCACCUGGCCUUCUUCCUGAUCUUCAAGUACCCGCAGGAGUUCGGCGGACCCGCUUUACUUACACCACCUGCUAUUCUCAAGAAGUAUUUCCCUGACUUCCGUCGCCCGAACAACUUCGGCCCUGCAGCAGCGGCACCAACUAGAGCCCCCGUCCCCGAAGGACACCAGUGGGGCCGCGGGCAAACCCUAGGAGGCCUCUGAAUACACAAACUACCCUUUAGCUAUUUUACCACCACUUGCACCAUACCAGGGUUAAGCGGUUAAACCGUUAACCCAGUGUCAAAUUGUACUGGUAACCACGAUAACUCCAGAUUUAACCUGUUAACCCCGGGAUAGUGGGAUGGUGCAAGUGGCGCUUAGUAUAUUAAACUGGGAGAAAAAACAUCAGUGAAAUAUUAAUCACCAGCCAUACUGCGUAGUGACUUUAAAGGUCUUACUGAACAACUUUUAUAAAGGGACCAAUGCUGAAAUCGCGAACGAAAAUUUGGCUGUUUCAUACAUUCCGGCUGAUGUGAUGCCGAUAUUUCUAUGGGACAGCCAAUUUUUUUCCGCGAUUACUGCAUUGGUCCCAUGCUAAAAGUAUGACCUAUAAAAUCACUACGCAGAGAGAGCUAGUGAUUGGAAUUUCACCCUGUAUUGACGUUAUUUUUUAGAUAGUGUUGUGUGAUUGAUGUUAAUGAUGUUACAUGUGUGUUCAGAUUAAGAUGGUCUCAUGUAUCUGUUAGGUACUGCUAAUAGAACUUCCAUCUAUAUCAGAUUUGUUGAUGUCAGAAAUAUAGAG